CUAGGUGAUGCAGGCGGCGUCUGCGGCAGGGCGUCUGCGGCAGAGCGUCUACUCCCGCAGCUAGGCGGCGGUCUUUCCGCUGCCGCUCUAGGCCGCUGUCUCUGUGCGGGCGAGGGGGCGGUUGCUAGGCUGCGCUCGGGGCCUAGUAGGCCGCAGGGGCGGCGUGGCCGGCCAGGCAGUCAGCCGAGGAGAGGAGAAGAGGGAGCGCCAUGGCGGCCUCGCCUCCGUUGGAGUUGCGCGGCUCGGAGGCCCCGUGCAGCUGCGUGCUGUGCUGCGGCGAGCUGGAGGUGGUGGCGCUGGGCCGGUGCGAGCACCCCAUCUGCUACCGCUGCUCGGUGCGGAUGCGGACGCUCUGCGGGGUGCGCUACUGCGCCGUCUGCCGGGAGGAGCUCGCCCAGGUGGUCUUUGGGAAGAAGUUGGCGUCCUUUUCGACAAUUGCACUUGGCCAGUUACAGCAUGAGAAGAAAUAUGACAUCUAUUUUACUGAUGGAAAAGUUUAUGCUCUCUAUAGGAAACUCCUGCAGCAUGAGUGCCCACUGUGCCCAGAGGCCAGGCCGUUUGCCACCGUUGUGGACUUGGAACAGCACAUGAGGAAGCAGCAUGAGCUCUUCUGCUGCAAACUGUGUGUGAAACACUUGAAGAUCUUCACCUACGAGCGCAAGUGGUAUUCCCGCAAGGACCUUGCCCGGCACAGAAUCCACGGGGACCCAGACGACACGUCUCACCGCGGCCAUCCCCUUUGCAAAUUCUGUGACGAGCGCUAUCUGGAUAAUGACGAGUUACUGAAGCACCUGAGAAGAGACCACUAUUUCUGCCACUUCUGUGAUUCCGACGGGGCACAGGAAUAUUACAGUGAUUAUGAGUACCUCCGGGAACACUUCCGUGAGAAGCACUUCCUCUGCGAGGAAGGCCGCUGCGCCACCGAGCAAUUCACUCAUGCCUUCCGGACCGAAAUAGAUUACAAAGCACACAAGACGGCCUGUCACAGCAAAAACCGGGCAGAGGCCAGGCAGAACCGGCAGAUUGACCUUCAGUUCAACUAUGCACUGAGGCAUCAGCGGAGAAACGAGGGUGUUGUGAGUGGCGAAGACUACGAGGAGGUUGACAGGUACAACAGGCAAGUGAGAGGAGGCAGGCCAGGGCCACGAGGAGGGCAGCAAAACAGGAGAGGCAGCUGGAGAUACAAGAGGGAAGAAGAAGACAGAGACAUUGCUGCAGCCGUCAGGGCAUCUGUAGCCGCCAAAAGGCAAGAGGAGAAGAAACGGGGGGAAGACAAAGAGGACGCCCCCCGCUCUAAAAAGGAGGAGGCAAAAGACCUGGAACUGAGCGCCUCUAAGCGAGGGCCAAAGCCUCCAGCCGAACUGCCGGCUCCGAAGGAAGCUGCUCCAAAGGCUGUGUUAAGCCAAGAUGACUUCCCUACCAUUGGCCAGCCAGCGAUGGGCCCUGUGCAGAGCUCAGCCCAGCCUGUCCCAGUGAAACUGGACGAAGAAGACUUUCCAAGCCUCUCCUCCUCCUCCUCUGCUCCUGCCGUGGUCUCUUCUGCCAUGUCCUUGUCCUACACAACCACGGCAAAGAGGUCGGGCUUUCAGGAAGAGGACUUCCCUGCCUUGGUAUCCAGAGUCCAACCCAACAGUAAGACGGCAUCAACCCUCACAUCUGCAUGGAACUAUGGCUCCAGUAAAAGCAUGGUCAAAGCCAUCACGGCCGGCAACCCCAGUAGCAGCCAGCCGGCCAGGAGAGCGGGCCCCACCAGCAACAGUAAAGGCAGCAAAAAGAACAAGGCUGCCCUUUGCAGCGAUGACCAGGAGAGCAGCAGUGGUGUCACCACCCAGGAGGUCCGCAGCGCACCAACUAUGGUUGACGUCUCCUCUUUGCUGGCGGCCUCAAACUCUCAGACUUUUGUCAAGGUGGGCAAGAAGAAGAAGGUUGGGGCUGAGAAGCCGAGGACAGCGUCACCCCCAGUCUUGCAGGAGGCAUCACCCCCUGCAGAGAAGGUCUCAGAAGCCGAGCAGCCGCCAACCUUUCCCACCAGCACUAACAUGCCAGAGAGUGCUGCAGCCGUUGUGAACGGUCACUUGGAAAAAUCCAUAGGUUCCUUUAAAGCUUCCAAAGAGCCCCCUGGCCUUAAGAAGCCUCCAGCAGCUAGCCAGUCCCUGUUGCCUCAGGAAGACUUCCCAGCCCUUGGAAACUCUGGACCACCCCGAAUGCCUCCACCCCCAGGCUUCAACUCUGUGGUGCUACUUAAUAACCACCCGCCACCUCUGGGGCUGUCGGUGCCUCUUAGUAAACCACCCCCAGGCUUCACUCCUAUUCCACCCACUAGUAUCUCAGAAUCUACCCCUGCUCCUGUGAAAGAGCGAAAACCUUGUCAGGGACCCUACUUAAUACUAGAUAACUUCCAGCAGCGGAACAUCCAGCUAAUCCAGUCAAUCAAAGAAUUUCUGCAAGAUGAUAAAUCCCAGUUCAACAAAUUCAAGACCUACUCGGGGCAGUUCAGGCAGGGUCUGAUAUCCGCAGCUCAGUAUUACAAAAGUUGCCAGGAGCUCCUGGGUGAGAACUUCAAGAAGAUCUUCAAUGAGCUCCUUGUGCUGUUGCCGGACACGGCCAAGCAGCAGGAACUGCUUGCUGCCCACAAUGACUCGAAGGCCAAGUCAGGCCUCUCCCCUUCCUUCGCCAGCAAGUCCCGGAAGAACAAGAGGAAUGCCUGGCAGACAGACUUAGACUCCGACCUCAACUGCUGUGUCUGCCCCACAUGCCAGCAGGUGCUGACCCAGCAGGACUUAGCUUCCCACAAAGGCCUUCACCUGGAGGAGGAGGAGGAGUUCCCGUCCUUGCAGGCCAUUAGCCGGAUCAUCAGCUAGCUCUUCCAGGUGACUAAUAAAGCCAAUAUCCAUCCUUUAAAAUAUUUGCGCUUCUUGAAGGGCAGGCUCUCUGUAGAGAGUAGAGCAGCCAGCUCUGUGGGUGGGCCAAAGGGAGUUUGUAGAGGCUGAGGAUGGAAGAUGCUGGCAGGUUUAGAGGUCGCUGGGAGGUGGCAGAUGCAGCCAUUGCAAAAAUGAUUGCCCUUCUGUCAUUCAAAGUAGGCUGGAAUUGCAGGUUCGCAGGGGGUGCAGCUUAGUUUGCUGCCACAGUUGAUAAAUUAAGUAGUUUCUGACCUUGGCACAAUAUGGAAAUGGGGGCAGGGGAGGGGGUUGUGUUUUUUUACCGUUUUGACUACAGAGAACCAUUGGAAAUGGUUCAUUAUCUGUCACACUUAAGAUGCGAGUUACAUAGGCUGCGCAAGAUGGAAGGGUGUUGGGAACGUAGAGCUGGGCAAAAGCGCAGUGGCAAGUGAAGGCCCCUCCGUCCUCCUCUCUUCAGCUCAGUUCUUGGAGCGAGGUUCUUCCAUGGACAAGGAGGGGACCUGCUAAGGAAAGAAUUACACCUAGAUUUCAAAGCUGCUCCUAAGCCUUUUUUUCCUGUCAAGCUUAUGUUUCUUGAAAGAAACCCAGAUUUGUUUUGUUCUGUUAGAACUGCAUGUAGGAAAAAAUAAUAGUAUUCAAAACUUUUUCUUCUCUGUGUAAAAUGGGCAUUUCUGCCCUAGUAAUGAAAGUUCAGUUUUUUCCAUUUGUCUUUGAGGAAUCUGUGCUGGCUUAGAUCAGCUGGUGGUUGAUUCAUUAAAUGCUACUCCACACUGACGUUGCCAUCUGAUGCCUUGAAGUGCAAUCUUCUGUGGGUGUACCUACAAGGGAAUAGGAAAACUGUGGCAGCUGCUACCUAGUAUCAAAAUUGUACCCUGUGGCCAGGGAGAGUUUCCUCCUUUAGAUUGUCUCAACAGGGUACGCUUCCUUAACAGCUCCUUGCAGACCUCUCUUAGUGGGACAUCUCGGGAGUCCUAAACUUUCAUGAAGGUCAGAGACGUACCAGCCGCCAGUGUGCAACUUUUUGUUGUUGUUGUUCAAGUCCAGAGUAGGAAUCACAAAUACCUUUCAUCCUUUAGCAGCAAAUAAAACCUACCCCACCAAAAACAACCUCCACCCCUGAGAAUAGAAAUCCUGGCAUAUGGGGACAGCUACCUUAGAACCCUCCUCCCAUUCAUCUAGUUUUGAAGGAACAUCUGUUUUGUACUGGAGGGGGGCGGGGAGACUGAAAUUCAGUCACUGAAAUUUACCCCUGCCUGUAGUCUGAAUUGGAACAGUCCAGAAACCAUUUGACCCGCUGAUGAGCUGUUUGUCUAAGCGGAGUUUUUAAGUAGAGGUAUCUGCCACUUUUGGUUCCUUCGCACUGGCUUACUUGCACAAGGCUUCAUGUUAUGGCCUUUCACUUCUCUCUUUCCAGGUAAUGUAAAAGGAACUUUAAAAAAAAAACCUUUUUGGAAAUUAAUAUUGGCGUCCUUUUACUAAAUGAAUCUACCUGGCCACAAAAAGCUGGGGGCACUUCACCAGGAGUACUGCAAAAGCCCCACUGAAUUGAACUGAUUUGUUACAAGAGCUCCCCAUUUGUUUUAGUGGAGCUUGGGCAAGAGAACUUAAACCUUUUCUGAAAAUCUUGGGAAUGAUCCAAGGUUAUCUUACUGUUAAUACAUGACAAAGGAUGCACUUUAAAUUGCUGUUCCUAUAUCAUAAGAUCUGUAUUGCUCAGCCAAGCAUGUUUCUAAGUUGGUUUUCUUAAAAGUACUUCUUGAAUAAAAGCACUUAAGAAUGUAGGGCUCUUCAGCCACUUCCCUCCACGAGCAGACUGCAUGUUGGCAAGGAAGUCAGGGCCUUUUCCCCUCUGCCCGCUGAAGUUUGUGCACCCUUGGUCCCAGCAAACACUGAAAAGGACCUGUCUACAUACAUGCAGAUUUUCCAUAAACCUGAGAACUCUGCUGGGUUAGAAUUCCUGGUUGUUUGAAAGGUCUGGGGCCCCUUUCAUGGUUUGGUCGGGCUCUAGCGGUUCAGCCAGUUGGCAACAGGAAGAAGGGCCCACUGUGGUGGGCGGUGCUUUGCAAGUGGGAAGGGCGGGACAUAAUUUUAAUAAAUAAUUAUAGAGCCAAGAGCAAUUCUGUCUCCACUCUCUUCAUUGAGAGCCACCAUAAGCAGCCUGCCCUGAUCUCUGUUGCAACGAUUAAAUGAAAAUUAGACAGCUGCUGUUUGUGAUUACCAGCAGUUACUGCUCCUCGUGAAGCAGAAUGUACCAUUGGCUCAAACUUGCAAAUAACUUACCAGCCCAUGAUAGAUUUUGCUAGCUUUUCUGCUGCAGUUAAAAAUGGCUUAUAAGAGCCAACGUCUGAUAGGUUUCCCCCCGCCUGGUCAAUAUUCUAAAUUACUAGAGGUGACCAGAUAUUUAUAAGCCUGCAUUUGCUGCUCCAGUCACCUGCUGGUGUCUCUCUCUUCUCCCCUUGCGCGUGAUCCAACAGAAUAUCAACAGAAGGCUCAAGUAAUUCAUUUUUAAUUUGUUUAUUGAAAAAUAAGUUGCAGUUGGUACACAGACAAUUAAAAUAAUGCAGUCACAAAGUGAUGAUUUGUUUUUCCAAAAUGUAUAUCUAAUCUAUAGUUAUAUACAUACAAAAGAACUGUAAACAUUUUAAAACCCUAUUUUUCACACAGUCCACUUUUCUACCACAGGGCACAUUGGGUAACUAACAACUGCAACUUUUUGUUGUGUGUGUGUUUGAAGCAAUCUGCUUUUGAAGGGAGGUAUCUGCAUGUUUGGUAUCUUGUUAAAAAUUAUGAAAAUGAUAUGAGGGUUCUUUCUGUCUCUGUUAAAAGGCAUUCUUGGGCCUAGUUUGCCCUGAAAAUCUUUGUACACUCUCUCUCUUACAUGUGGUAGCCUCUACACAAUCUAUUAAAGGCAAAUGAGUGAA